UUUUUUAAAAUGAAGAAGAUGGCGAAAGGCUGCUUUUGUUUUAUAUGAACAUGGAGUUUUCAAUAAAUUUCGAAUUUUGUUUUAUUAGUAUUAUAUAUUGGGAAUUUGGGACGUUUAACUAACUUAUAGACACGAAUAAUUAGUAUAAGAUAUACGCGUUGUGUUUAUGGCAGAUUGUGGCCAGCAACUUGUUUUCCUUCAAUGUUUAAAAUCACCCACUUUGCCUUUUUCUACUUGGCUCAAAUUAAUAAUGAUUGGUUAAGGACAUAAACUAAUUAAAACUUCCAUAAUAAUAUCCCAAGUUGCUUCUAAAGAAUUUGAGAAAACAACGAAAUGCGUAGGAAGUCUUCUGACAUCUUUCUAAAACUGCUGACUUUUUUUUAUUUUCAGCACUAAUUAAUUCAGGCAAAAUAUGAAACAGUGACUUAGUCUAGAUUCUUACACGCUAAGAAUGAUUAUGAAGAGAACAACUUGAGCGAUGAUAGCUAUGACUUUCAUAGCCAGCUGGAAAUUUCCGACUCUUCUUCAAGGUUUAAUUUUGUAUAUAAACGAACGGUGAAGCCACCGAGCAAUCACUACACUGCAAGAGGCAUUUCUAUAAUACUACUACUGUUAGCCUAUCAUUUAUCUUUACAGGGAAAAAAUUAGCGUCAAGGUCAAGAUGGUCGAUGCAGUUGUGUCCUAUGCAGUUCAAAAACUGGGAGAUUUCCUCAUUGAGGAAGUUUCCCUGCGCCAAAGUUUGAGAGAGAACGUGCUUUGGCUGAGAAAUGAACUGUCUUUCAUGCAGGCAUUCCUCAAAGAUGCCGAAAAGAAGCAAGCAGAAGAUCACCUGGUGCAACAAUGGAUAUUUGAAAUCACCUCUGUUGCUAAUGAAGCAGUGGCCAUCUUAGAAACAUACAGUUUGGAUGGGGGACUUAAUGAUGGCAAUGCUGGAUUUGUUGAUCGUCUUAAGGCUUGUGCUUGCAUCUGUCAGAAUGAGGCCAACUUUCACAACAUUGGGACGGACAUCCAAUCUCUCAAGCAAAGAGUCAUGGAUAUCUCUCGAAAAAGAGAUACGUACGGUAUUACUCACAUCAAUAAUAAUGCUGGAGAAGGGCCAAGUAAUAGGUCAAAUGAUCCGUCUUCCACGUUAAUAAGAUCAUUGAGAAGAGCAGUGUCCUAUGCAGAUGAAGACCAACUUUUUGUUGGCUUUCGAGAAGUGUUUCAAAGACUACUUGAUGAACUUAUCAAAAAGGAGUCUCGCCGAAAUGUGCUUUCAAUUUAUGGUAUGGGUGGGUUAGGCAAGACCACUCUUGCAAGAAACCUAUAUAACUCCCCAAGUCUACUCGCUAUCUUUCACACUCGUGCUUGGAUAUGCGUCUCUCAACAGUAUAGUACCCCAGAUCUCCUUCGGAGUAUCAUAAAAUCUAUACAAGGUUGCGAUGAAGAAACAUUAAAAAUGCUGAAGGAGAUGACUGAGAGAGAUCUAGAAACUCACCUCCGUGAUCAAUUGAAAGAGCGCAAAUACCUUGUGGUGGUUGAUGAUGUAUGGCAUCGAGAAGCUUGGGAGAGUCUGAAAAGAGCCUUACCAGAUAACAACAAUGGCAGUAGAGUUAUCCUUACAACACGAAAGGAGGACGUGGCUGAAAGAGUCGAUGACAAAGGUUUCUCCCAUAAACUUCGUUUUCUAAAUAAAGAAGAAAGUUGGGACCUUUUUUGCAAGAAACUAUGUCCAGAGAAUAAGAUGGGUUCUACUUACUUGUUCUCCCCGUUAAUGGAAAAGCUAGCUAAGGAAAUGGUGGAGAAGUGCAGAGGCUUACCACUUGCAAUUGUGGUACUAGGUGGGCUGCUUUCCCACAGAAAGGGGGUUGACGAAUGGCAAAAAGUGAAGACACACAUUUGGCAGCAUAUGAAGAAUGACUCUAUUGAGAUCCAUCACAUUCUAUCAUUGAGCUAUAAUGAUUUGUCAUUUGAGCUCAAGCAAUGUUUUCUAUACUUUGGCAUUUUCCAAGAAGAUGAAGUGAUCGACACUGAAAAGUUGAUGUAUUUGUGGCUGGCCGAGGGAUUCAUACCAAGAAUUAGAGAAGAACAUAUGGAGGAUAUGGCUGAAAACUUCCUACAUGAGCUAAUUAGUCGCAGCUUGAUUCAAGUGGCGGAGACAUUCUUCGAUAAAAUUCUUACAUGUAGGAUACACGACCUACUUCGGGAUCUUGCUGUACAAAAAGCCAUGGAGGUUAACUUGUUUGAUAUUUAUGAUCCAAGAGUAAACUUGGGCAUUCCAUUUCGUCAUCGACAUGCUAUUCAUACACGAACUCAAAGGUAUCUUUCGCUUGAUCUUUCGAAAUUGAAGGUAAGGUCAAUAUUGUUCUUUGAUAAAGAAUUUAAGAACUUGGAGGAUAAAAAUUUUAUGACGUUCUGUACGACGUUCCAGCAUCUAUAUGUGCUGGACUUGGAGAAUAUCAUUUUUUCUAGGAAUGAACUACCUCAUACUAUAGGCGAUUUGGUACACCUCAAGUUCUUAGGCUUGUCUAACACCAAUGUUUUCAAACUCCCACCUUCCAUUGGCAAACUAAAAAGCCUAGAGACACUGGAAGCAUUGAUAACUGACCAUUGCUCGUGCGAACUACCUCCUCAGGUUGCCCAGCUCACAAAUUUGAGGCAUUUCGUUGCUCGAUACGAGGUCCCCUUGCAAGUUGACAAACUUACGAAUCUACGAACUCUUAAAUAUAUUCGCUGUGAUCAGUGGAAAGAUACUGAUGCUGCCGCUUUAGUCAACCUUCAAGAGUUGGGCAUGGAAAGAAUAAGGAAAUCUUACUCCCUAAAAUCGAUUGGCAGUCUGAAACGCCUCACCACAUUGUGGCUAGUUUGCCAAUAUGGUCAAAAUUUUCCUCCCCUUGAACCUCUUUCUUCUUGUGAAAACCUUCACAGAUUGUGGUUAUCAGGGGGAAUAGAAGAAUUAGCUGAUUUAAACAAGCUGCCGAAAUCCAUCACGCUGUUAGUCCUAGGGUCUGCAAAACUCAAGGAAGAUCCAAUGCCAAUUCUGGGAAAGUUUCCAAACUUAAAGCAUCUCGAGUUAUCAUGGGCUUACAACGGAAAGAAAAUUACUUGUGAGGGCAACAGUUUCGGUCAGCUGGAGACCCUUAGACUGGAUUUUCUUGAAAAUCUAGAAAGCUGGCAUCUAGCCACAACUGCUAUGAGUCUGAUAAAAGGUUUGAGUAUAUUUCAGUGUCACAAUCUGAAGAAAAUUCCAGAAAGAAUGAAACAUGUUGCAGUACAUGGGAGUAAUCAAAGACGAACGGAGUACUAUUAUCGAUUCCCAAAUUAACUAGUUAGGAACUUGCUGCAUGUGUGAAGCUUUUGAGUAUCUAUCAACAUAUAUCUCAGAUUGAGGUCCCAGUAUGUGAUUGGUUUGCAAUCUCUUCUCUAUUGCAAUUGUAUGGUUUUAUGCGGAAAUAUUGACCUGGUGUGGCGCAUACAAGAAUGCAAAUUGUUGCACUGGUACUCUUGGACUAAUUGCCGGAUCUCCUUGGAUCGACAUGUUAUCAUAUCAAUUCUAAUGGGGGUUUCCUACCUUCAAAGUUGGAGAUGCUUUACCAUGGUGUUCGCUUCUUUUGCUGCUUCUGUGGAGUCAACUGGUGUAUAUCUUGCAUCAGCAAGAUAUGGAAGCGCUAAACCAGUGCCACCUGUCAUUAGCCAUGGGUAUUGGCUGGCUGGCACAGAUGGCAACAAACACUCUCGUCCGUGCUUGAAUUUUCAUGUCAUACCAUCAGUUAAAUAAGGUUGACAUAGAACUAAACUGCUCAGGUUAAGCUUUAGCUAGUUUUAAAGGGAAAUGCUGGUCUCAUGGCAAUGAUAAGAGUUGGAAGCUGAAGAGUCAACGAAAUAUCUGCUGGUUAUAUGAUUUUCUUCUCCAUCUUAGGAAUUACCAUUUUGUUGAUGCAACUUUCUCCAAUGACAAAUAUCAUUUGGCCCAUUGGUUCAAUGCAGCCUCUGCUGGUCUUGGAUUUCUCCAAUUCCGUAACCUUAACAGCUUUAGGACAAAGUUCAUAUUGGGAUUCUCUUUUCAUGGGAUUUUCCUUACCUCAGUACUUCAGAGAGCAUCACUUAUGUUCUGGAACUGGUCCUCUUCGUACACAUUCAAGAUGGUUUAAUGACAUAAUGUCUGUCAUUUUCAUGUCACACGGCACGGUAGCUGCUAUAGUUGCUGUAUUUUUGGAUAGAACCCUCCUUUUAGUAACGAUGAAGCUCGAAAAGAUAAUGGUUCACAUUGGUGGGACAAGUUUGUGGUAUAUACUAAAGAUGUUAGAAGUGAUGAGUUCUAUAAAUUACCAUGCCAACUUAAUAGGUUCUUCCCACCUUAUUAGUUAAAAAAUUGCCUUCACAGCUUUGUUUGGUUUUCCUUCAUAAACUGUAUUCUUUGCGUCAUGUGAAAAUUUUCUAAAAUUGCCACCUUAUAGUAAAAACUGUCUAAAGCUAAUAUCAAUCAUAAUGAGUCUUUUCCAUGUCU